CCAUGCAUUCCACUCUACUGCCAGUCGCGUCGGUAUACAAGAGGUUCAGUUAAAUUCUUUGCGCCAAUUUACGUGUUUUUUGACUCGGCUAAAAUGGAAAAUCGCUUAGCGGAAUUAGCUGUGGAACUAUUCGAAAUGAACGCCGUGAAGUUUGGCAGCUUUGUAACUAAAGCCGGCCGGCAGACACCCGUCUACUUUGAUUUGAAAGUAAUCAUUUCACAUCCGCGGUUGAUGAAGUCUGUAUCCACCUUACUCUGGACCCUGGCAGAAAAUGGCAAAAGUGUAUCACAAAUCUGUGGUAUGCCGUAUACUGUGUUGCCAAUUGCUGCGUUGAUGUCAUCAGAAUCAAAUAUACCUCUGCUAAUAAGGACAGAGACUGAAUCCUCUGGGUCAAAAAAAAUAAUUGAGGGCCAAUUCAAACAGGGCGAAAAUUGCCUCAUAAUUGGAGACAUUGUGACGACUGGGAUUAACGUAUUAGAGGCUGUAAAGGACCUAACUGAUGUAGGGUUGAAGGUUAAGGAAGCUAUCAUUAUUCUGGACCAACAGCAGGGUGGUGAUCACAAUCUACGUACAAAGGGUAUCCAAAUGAGGAGCUUAUAUUCUCUCACUAGUUUGAUGCAACACCUAUUGAAUGCGGGCAAAGUGACGUCCGCCAUCGUCGAAGACAUCAAAUAUUAUGUGGAACAAAAUCAGGCUCAAUUAUCCUGCAAAGGGAACUCAGUAAGUCGAUUGAGACUGGACUUCGCAUCACGAGCAAAACUUGCCAAGAACCGAGCAGCAGCAAAUCUGUUCAAUAUAAUGUCGGCAAAGAAAACUACUCUGUGUCUAGCAGUAGACCUGACAAAAGCUGAUAAAAUUUUAAAAUUGGCUGAACUAGCAGGACCGCACAUAGCUGUUUUAAAAACUCAUAUUGACGUAGUUGAAGAUUUUACAUCUGAAUUUGUUGAUAAAUUGAAACAGCUAUCCAAAAAGCACAACUUUCUGAUAAUGGAGGACCGAAAGUUUGCCGAUAUUGGCCACACAGUGUCCUUGCAGUACAGAAAUGGGAUUUAUAAAAUAGCUGAAUGGGCAGAUUUUGUUACUGCCCAUACCGUUCCUGGUUCCGGUGUCAUCUCUGGCUUACAAGACGGACUGAAGGGGAUUAACGAAGAUCGGGGAAUAUUUUUGGUCACAGAAAUGUCUAGUGAAGGAGCCUUGACCAUAGGAGAAUAUGUGAAACAUUCUGUUCUUUUGUCUGAAACAUCAAACCUGAUAGCUGGUUUAGUGUGUCAGUCUAAUACGUUCGACGAUCCAGGUUUGAUACAGCUCACACCAGGUAUUAGAUUGGAAGAGUCCCGCGAUGAUUUGGGACAACAAUACAGGACUCCUCAAAUGGUGAUUAAUGCUGGGGCAGAUUUAGCCGUUGUCGGUAGGGGUGUUACAGCUGCGCAGGACAAAUUGUUAGCCAUCAUUCGGUACAAAGAAAAACUGUGGCAAGCCUAUAAUGAAAGGAUUAGUAGUUGAAAUGACACGCAUCAUUCUGUUUUUUGUGAUGUGAAGUAUGAGAUGAAAGUUGAGAAACACCUACUUGACUUGGACAAGGAGACGAUUCGUGUUCACCUGGAUCGGAAGAGCUGACAGCUGAUCAUGUACAAUAUACGUUGCAAUAAGUAAUUUGGAAAUGUAUUUCUUAUUCAGUGUUUCAUCAAAUGGAUAUACACACAGCAUACCCAAGAGAAAUUAUUUUUAACAGAAUAAAUCGAUGAAAGGAAGCAUUUACGGAAAGUAUUGGUCAUGAAGUUCCUCUGCUAAUAUGUCACAAAAGAUUGGGAUGAGGAACUUCAGUCACUCAAAUUAAUUAUUGUAACAAUAAGGCAUGGAGUUGAAUGGUGUUGGAGAAAUUCACGAUGAGAUUUACAGUGCUCCACCUUCACAUUGUGUAACAAUUCUGAAGCAUUAUCGUACAUCAGACAUAAAAUCUUUUGCUGGAUACAUGCAGUUAUUUUGAGCUUCAUUGUCAGUUGAAAAGUAAAUGUCUAAAUUUACACCACAUUGUUCACUACAGUUAGAAGCUAGUCAUCAAAUGAGAUCACCUAUUUAUAAAUAAUGGAUCUCGGUGUACUUGAAUCCAA